AUGAGUCUAAGCUUCGAUCUCAACGACAUUCCGAACGGGAAUCUAAAGGUUCUUGAUGAUUUAACAUCAAAUGCGAAGCAAAUACAAGACGAUGUAUUGAAGGAAAUACUCACACUCAAUGCUGAAACAGAGUACCUCCAAGGUUUUCUCCAUGGAAGCUCUGAUUGUGAGCUCUUCAAAACGAACGUACCAGUUGUGGCCUUUGAAGAUGUUAAGCCUUAUAUCGAUCGUGUCGCAAACGGAGAGCCUUCAGAUGUUCUUUCAGCUCUCCCCAUCACUGGAUUAAAUAUAAGUUCUGGAACCUUAAAAGAUGUUUCCUUUGAACGAUAA